UGCGACAAAAUCGUUUUCGCUGUGCUUUUCUUGUAUGUGCUGUGCCGUCACUCCUGUGGUAUACCUAUAUAUACUCCUCUCUUCUGCUAUGAAGACUCACACUCUCCAUCGUUCCUCGCCGAUUCGACCUGCCCUCCUACCUCAUUCGCAACGCCGAGCUUACUCUAAACAGUUGAAAUUAUCUUGGCUUCCAGAGUAUAUGUUCUCUGCUGAGUAAUGGGGGGUGUUGAAGAGAGCUCACCCGCUAUGUCUUCUAAACCUGCUGUUUCUACUCAGGAAACACCAACCACCUCUUCCUAUCCUGACUGGUCAACUUCUAUUCAGGCAUAUUAUGGGGCUGGAGUUACUCUACCUCCUUAUUUCACCUCACCUGUGGCAUCCUCAGCCCAGCCUUCGUAUGUUUGGGGGAAUCAGCAUCUGGUAUCAUAUGGAACUCCACUUUCAUUCCAAGCUCCCUAUCCUCAUGGAGGCCUUUAUGGUCCUCCUAACAUGGCUGUGGGUGCAGCUGUCAUGAAUAUAAAUACAGAGACAGAAGGAAAGGCCAAAGGAAAUUCAAGGAACAUAGUUUUGGCAGAAAAGGGGAAAGCCAUUUCAGGAUCUGAAAAUGAUGAUGCUUCACAAAGUACUGAAAGUGCUAGCGAGGGCUCAUCAGAAGCAAGUGACGAAGAACUUGAUCAACAAGUUUCUUCUGCAUCUAAGAAGAGAAGCUUCAACCGGAUGCUUGGUGAUGGUAGUUUUGUUUUCUUUCUUUUUUAUGAAGAACAUUCAUCCUUGUGUUAUGACAUUUUUAUUAUGGUUAAUUACAUCAGUUUUGUAACUUGUAUAUCUUUCUUAGUAGGCAAAUAUGAUGGUGAAAAUCUGCCAGUCUCAGUUCUAGGGAAGCCUGCCAUGCCUGUAACCAAUUUAAAUAUUGGCAAUGCAUCUCCUUCUGGACCUACAAACAUAAAAAUGAGAAUGAAUGCAUCUGGGGACUCACCACAGGUGGCUCCUGCUGCAGUGGUUGGGCACGAGAGCAUAUCACACAAUAACCCGUGGACUCAAGAUGAACGUGAAAUAAAACGAGAAAAGAGGAAGCAGUCGAAUAGGGAGUCAGCUAGGAGGUCAAGGUUGCGUAAGCAGGCAGAGUGCGAGGAACUGCAAACCAGGGUGCAAAAGUUGAGAAAUGACAACCGAACACUUGAGGAAGAGCUGAAGAACCUGGCUGAGGAAUGCGAGAAUCUCUCGUCUGAAAAUAAUUCCAUAAUGGAAGAGGUGACUCAAUUGUACGGACCGGAUGCAACAUUGAACCUCGAAGCUCGCUAUCCAGUUCCAGCCGUCCGAUCUGUUGUCAACGGUGAGCAUAGCAACCAUGGACAAGAAACUUCAGUAGAAAACAACUCCAACUCUGCGUCUGGUCAGCAUGGACGGGUAUUAAAUUCUGCUACAAACCAUGAUUCUUAAACCUGUUGAUCACCGGAGUUGUUAUUUACCUUUAUCAGUUCUAAUGUAGAUCCUGUAACUAAAGAACCUCUAACCAAAAACCGUUUUGACAGCCUAUAGCUAUUAGCCAUUUCCAAAAAAAAAAAAAAAAAAAAAAAGCCUAUAGCUACUAGCUACUGUUUAAAUAUUUUGAUAUUUGUAUAGUCUUGAGAUGGUGGUGGUGGUUUUUAUUGUUGUAUUUUUUUCCAGCAUAUUGUUGUGGCUUACAGGAUAAAUUCCAUUGUAAACUGAUUGUCUUUAGAAACUUCUUUACUUUGUUCGAGUGCCUUU